AGUGGUUACCCUGUUGUUUUAUUGAAACAAAAUGGCGGAUAGACUGUCGGUUGUUGGCUAUGGAGACGAUUAUGGUUCGGAGUUCGACGAAUCGGAAACAAAAAAAACAUGGAGGGACGAUAAUCUGUCUGGGCUGAAAAGGAAGCAAAAUGCCGCAUCAAGUGUCCCAUCCAAGACGAUGGUCAUGUCGGAAUACAGCAGAGAGGAAGGAAAGAACCAAAGAUUUCACUUCUUGGGAUUAGAUGCUUAUUCCCGUCAUAAAAAGAUGAUUAAUGACUACCUACUGUAUUAUGGACCUGGUGUGGAGCACUACAAGCGAGAUUGCUCCAGAGACAAGACAGAUUAUGAUAUAAUAAAACAAGAACACAGAUUUUUGUGGGAUGAAGAUGAGGACACUAACCUAACAUGGGAGAAACAGCUUGCCAGAAAAUACUAUGACAAACUAUUUAAAGAAUACUGCAUAUCGGACUUGAGUAGAUACAAAGAGAAUAAGUUUGCAAUGAGAUGGAGAAUAGAAAAAGAAGUGGUAGAAGGAAAAGGGCAAUUUAUUUGUGGAAAUAAAAAGUGUAAUGAACGAGAUGGAUUAAGGAGUUGGGAGGUUAAUUUUUCAUAUAUUGAACACAACGAGAAGAAAAAUGCGCUUGUUAAACUAAGACUCUGUCCAGACUGCUCUUACAAGCUCAACUAUCACCACAAGCGGAAACUGGCGAAACAGAAAACAAUCAACGAAAAAAAGAAAGAAAGAAGAGACAAGAAGUCCAAGAAACAUAAAAAGAAAGCAAAACGCCACAGAGACCAGCAUGACACAAGCAGUGAAUCCGCUGAUUCUUCAGAUAGUGGCACCGACAAUAACAAGAGUGGGACUAGCUCUAAAGACAAACAAUCAGAAUCAGGAGAGGAGUCUGGUGCGAGUACGAGCCAUGUGGCAGGAGAAGACAUCUGGAAGGGACCGGCCAAACUUGCGGUCGAUAAAACAAGGGACGAGGAGUUCGAGGACUAUUUUCAGGACCUCUUCUUGUAGCGGUUUAUUGUACGCCAGGUACCAUUUUACCUAAUGAAGCCCAUCUCCUCGAUGGAAAACAAGAAAUAGGGGACAUUAUUUGAAUGCGUCAGAAGUGAAGAGGAAAGUGUGUCGAACUAGAUCACAAAAUACCCUUCUAGCAAAAGCUUUCUUCCUGUUUGUUUUUGGUAUUUCCGUGUCGCGUCCCUGUUUUUUCUGCUCGUUUGUUUUUUGCCCACAGGAAAAUCCUCUGCCGAAAGCUCUAUCGAAUUAGCCUGCAUAGCUAGCGUUCCUGUGUUUUUCAGCGUAAAGAAACCCAGAAACCGACAAGUCGAGCGAGAUUUUGACCCCGCUAAAGGGGAGACCAUCGCUACCAUCGAAUCCGCUUGAACAUGCGCGAGAUUACUUUUGCGGUCACCGUGGGAAUCCUCAUCAAGCGAUGAUUUCCCGCCGCAGCCACCUUGAACUCUGUCACGCUACAAAAACGCGAAAGAACAAGGAUGCGACACGAAUAAGUAAACUGCUAGAAACAAACCGGAGAAAAACUCUGCUAGCCGUGUAAUCGCAGUUUAAAAAGCCACAGACACGCAUUGCCAAUAUGAGAAGACAUCCAAUUACAGUUAGUACAAUGAAAACCACUGACUCGAGUCCACCCAAUCUAGAGACUAGUUAUUGCAGGCAGUUGAGGCAUCAGAUAGCUAAUAUUGGUUACAGCUUGGGUGAACUUACAUUCGGGCGCAUACAAGAGCACUUUGUUAACCGACCAGUAAUCGAAUUCGGCUCUGUUUUGAUAAACGUCACGCUAACUGACAUGGAACCGAGGCGCAUUGUUCGCUGAAAAGUCGAACUCGACGCACUUGAUCCGCGUCUGUCACGCAAUCUCACGCACCUGCGCAAUAACUUCCUAAAUGCGCGCCGGUAAUUCCUGUUCAAACAUGUAUAAAUAACCGGAUUCAAGCACGAGUUCAAGUACUCCAUCCAUUUGACGACGUUAAGUGUUGUCUUGGUAACGUUAAAUCCCGGAUGAUGCGCAUAGCAGAUGAUGAUGACGAAGAAUGGCGUCCAGCACGCCACGAACACCCCGAUCACCACAGCUAUUGUCUUGGCGGCUUUUACGUCCGUCAUAUAGUUCCGCCCUAUGCGCCUGACUUGGUACCUAGCCACUAGAUAUAUCCUCAAGUACAUAACAACCAUGACGGUCAGCGGGCACAGGAAACUCGCGAACGCCGCAAUAUUCAUGUAGACUUUACCCUGCUUCCCAGGCCACUGGACGAGCCUUAGGCAGGAUAUGGUGAUCGCAUAGAGCCACACAAACAUGAUGGUGAGCUUGGCCUUGAUCGGUGACAUGACCGUCUCGUAGUAGAAGGGCAUCGUAAUGGCGAUAUGGCGGUCAAUAGAUACUGCCAUUAGGUUCAUGAUAGACGCAGUCCCGCACAAGAUAUCCAUGCAACUCCAAAACAACUGCAGCUCCAAUCCGAACAUCCACAUGUUGCUUGUGACUUGCAGCGCGCACCAGAACGGCAUUGCCAGCAACGCGACAAGGAUGUCCGCCGCGCUUAGACUUACAACGAAGUAGUUACAUAUGGUACGGAGCUCGCGAAAGAGCGCGAAACUCGCGCAGACUAGCACGUUACCAAUCAAGGUGAACACGAUCAGCAUCGCUACGAAUGUCGCCGCCACGAACUGCACGGUGCCAGGGGGAGGCGAGCCUAGCCCGCCCGUCAGGGUAGGGGUGGAAUUAUUCAUGUGGAGAUGAUGAAGUCAUCUGGUGAGACCUGCAAAAAAGCAAAAUGGUGAUCGUUUUUUUGUGGUUAGUGAAUCGUGUUUGUGUGUUAAAGGAUUCUAUAAUAACAAGCUUUGCUUCCUUUAGAAUCCUUUCCAUUUUCAUAUAAAUUCAAUGUAAUUACAUAGAAAAUGUAUCAAGUGAAUGGAUAAAUAAAUGAAUGGGAUGGAAAUGGAAAAUCCGGUUUUAAGGGCAACAAAAUAAAAAAAAAACAAAUAAAAUCAGCUGGUUAAUAUAA